UUCAAAAACUAAAACUGUUAGGAAGAAGUUCAGUUAGACGAUUAAUAAUGUACAUCUAGUGAUUAAGUCACAAUUAGGUGUGAGUUUUACAUGUACACGAUGAUGUUGAAUCAUCUAGGCUACUGUAAAGGGUAAUCACUACUAAUAUUUGAGAGCUUUUAUCAUUAAUUUGCAGGUGACCCAUUCAGUGCAGGAAGCCUCAGGCAAGAUUCUGGUUGUCGUGUGCAUUGCUUCGGGCCCCUCCUUACUAUUGACCUGCCCGACAGGUCAAUAGUAUCACAGAUCUGUGAAUUAAUGGGAGUCAGCGGCCAAAUGGACCCGUUAGACUUUCUAACGAAUGAAGAGUUGCUACUUUUUCUUCGCCGAAAGAAGACAGAGAUUUCGUGCAUAGAACAACCGCACGCAUUUCUCACUCAGCUGCGCGACCACGACCUGAUGACGGAGAAAGUCUUUGAGAAGGUGAAAGGGAUGCGCACCCGUGAGCAGAAGCAGAAGGGCGUCUAUAAUGUUCUGGACCGGCUGGAGAAAGAGAUGCCCCAGUGUGUGCAUCAGUUCUGGCGCUGUGUGUUCAAACAUCAUAUCCUGCAGCUGUACCCGACGCUACAACUGCUCAGAAACAGCCUGCUGGACGGCACCUUCGAAUUCUAUGAGAAUUGUCUGGAUGUUGAGACACAGACGGAGAAGGGUGAAGGAAAGGAGGAGAAAGGAAAGAAGAAGAAAAACACUAGAAAGAGAACUAAAGAUGAUAGAAGUGGUGAGGAUAGUGAUGAUCCAGGUCCUUCCUCUGCAUCCACACCCACUCGGAAGAAAACAGCCAAGAAACCCUCAUUCUCAACUCCUGUGAAGAAAGGAGAAAAAGCGGAGAUGUGGUUGUGGCCUAUUUAUAAAACUCAGCUGCCUGUAAACUGUGGGGACAAAGAGGGCACUCUCUAUCGGGACAAACUGCCUAAAGGAGAGAAGUGCAUUUUGUCCCAGGGACACUGGUUCACCCCAUCUGCUUUUGAGAAGUUUGGGGGAAAGGAAAGGUGCAAAAACUGGAAAGUCAGCAUCCGCUGCAGAAACACACCGCUUAAGAAACUCAUAGAGGAGAACCAUCUUCAGUGUCCACCGAUGGAGAGGAGAAAGAGGAAAUGUGCCCCAAAAAGCAUGAAAGUGCUGUUUCCUGUCAUCUCACCCGAGAGCUCCAGUACAGACUCAGAAACCAGCACUUCGGAUGAGGAAAGUGAUGCUGAAGAUUUCGAGGAACAGAGAGGGAGAGGAGGAGGAACAGAGUUUAGAGGGAGGGUUGAGGAUGAGGAGGAGGAAGAGGAAGAAGAGAUGACAGAUCUGUCAGUUUUCCAGGCUCCCUCUUUACCAGUCACCUGUGUUUCGCUUACUGGGACUCUAUACAAAGACAGGUUUGCAUCAGGGAGUCGUGGGAAGUGUAUAAGGACCGAGGAAAGCUGGUUCACUCCAGAGGAAUUUGUGAAGCAGGAACCAACUCUCACUGAUGGACACUGGAGAAAAGAUAUACUGUGCCAUGGAAAAACUCUCAACUUUUUACUCAAGAAAGAGAUCCUGCGCAUCCAUUCUCUUCUGUGUGAAUGUGUGAAAUGCAGUGAUCAACCAGAAGACCUGAUGGCACAGAAAAAUGACGAUGUUUGCUACGUGUGUCACUCUGUGGGAGAUCUCGUGUGUUGUGACGAAUGUCCACGAGCUUUUCAUUCAUACUGUCACCUACCAGCUGUGGACGAAGACUCACCUGGGGAAUGGAUUUGUACCUUUUGCGUGUUAAGAACCAGUCAGCAAUGGCGUGACUCCAGUAGCAUGACUGAACAAGAAGCUUUCAACGCUCCAGUUUCGCAAUACAGAUUGCACUGCCACUAUCUCCUGUUAUGUGUGUACAAGGAGGACACUCAGAGGGUGUUUGUAGAGGAUCCACGCCAAACAGUGUCCAGAUACUCUCAGUUCAUUUCUCAGCCAAUGUGGCUGGACAGAAUAAAGCUAAAGCUGGAAAGUGACGAGUAUCAGACGGUUGAAGCGUUUGUCUCUGACUUUCAGCUCAUUUUCAGCAAUUGCAGCAGAUUCAAUAGGGACAAUGAGUUUGGGCAAAUGGGUGCCAGGCUGAAGGAAAUGUUUGAGAAGGAGUUCCAGAAAAUCUUCACAAUCCAGUAACAGCUUGAUCUGUGUAGUUUUGAAUAUGCAUUAGAUGUCAUUAUAAUGUAUAUAAGAUGUAUAAUAUUUCUUAUCCCGCAGCCCUUCAUAGGACAAGCAGGAUAGAAAUUGAAUGGAUGGAAAAUUUAGUAUAUAACCGCAGGUAUUAUGGUAUUAUGUCAUUCAUAUCAUGGGUAACGGAUGGGAGUUUAAUUAUGUCAGUACAAAAGAUCUGCUACUAUUAGCUUUUUCUCUUCCUCCUUAAGCCUGGUGCACACUGUGCGAUUUAUAAUAGUCCUUUACGAAUGUUGCUUGUCAGAUUGUACGAACAUGAUCCUCAUGUCACACUGUGGGAUCUCAGCCGUCAUUUAUGUCAGACUGUACGACAGUAAAGACGCGUUAAAAAAAAAGUUUUACAUCAUCAACCCACACGCAUUCGGUGACAGUGAGCUGCAUUACACGCGGGACUGAAAUGAUGGCUAACAAAGAAAUCCCUAGCGUUCAUUUUGAUCACAGCUUAGGACAAUUUGAUGUUUGUCGUAGGAGAAGUCACACUGCAGGACUGUGUGCCAAAUCUUCUGACACUGCCAGAAUUUCGUCGGAGGUAAAAUUUGAUCGCAGCAUUAAUCGGCUGUCUGUGAACAUGUCAAAUUAGCAAUCAAAGACUACAGAUUUUAGACUAGGAUUAUAGGAAUCUUUUAGGAUUCCUAAAAUUUGUCUCAGACGACCAAAUCGUGGACAAAAUCGCACAGUGUGCACCUGCCUUUAUACAGACCUUAUUCACUGUCGGUGACCAUGUACCUUAGGAAGUGUGCCAAUUCUGUAAUUGCAUAAAUAAUGAUCAGCAGGUUCACAAUUAAGUCAAAUAUUUUUUAUAUAUACAUUUCAGUAUUAUGUGUGAUUUUAAUAAUUUGCUGUUUGUUUGUUUUUUAUAAAUAAUGUCUUUAUGUAAAAAGUUGGAGAAUGUUUUUUCAUGUUUAGAAAGUCUGAACAAAUUCUUACUUUAUGAGUUAAUGUGAAAAACAUGUUGUCAUGACUUAUUGAUCAUAUAAUUUUUUACAGUGUAGGGUAAGAUUCACUGAAAUACAGAGAAGCACCAAAAAAUAAACAAAAAAAGUACAAA